CAUAUACAUAUGGAAAACCAAUCCCAAUCCAUUUUUGUAUGGAGAAUAGAACCCCUAUAUGUAUUAAUUAAUUAGCAAGAUUCAAUUUUUUCCUAUAAGUAAUCGAUAUGGUUCCCAUUUGGGCUAUUACUAAUUAUUAUUAAGACCUACAUUAUCGUAACCAACAAAGCAAACACAAUAACCUUCUAGAUUUCUCACUCUUAAUACCAUGCCAUUUUGAUCCCACGAAACUGUUAAUCCGUCAAUGCAUCCGCCAUCUUUUCCGGUAUGGAUACACUUGUAGGAUAUUAUUUUCAUUUCUUAAUUAUAAAAAGAUCGUCUUAGACAAGUUAAUGUCAAGAUCUCCGUUUAAUCUAAAAGAAAAGCAACCCUAGCCCCUAACCUAGUCCCUUAACCCAGUCCGUAGUUUUGGAUCGUUGGAAGUUGAACGAUUUGAAAUGAAGCCAUAACGCUUUCAUCGUGGGAUUAGAACGCGUGACGGUUUUUUUCCAAAUCCGGCCUGCCUCUUUUUCAUUCAUUACCCAUGAUGACAAGCACGUGACCUCCCCGGAGCACACGUCUCGUAAACAACUGGCCCCCCUCUCCGGCCCUUAUCUUCCCUUUACACCACUCGCAUGAUAUUGCUUUUCCGACAGUAUUUAAGAAUAAUACUAUUAAUUAGAAUUGGAAUAAUUAUGAUUUAAAAUCCCCCGCAUUAUAUACAGAAGAGCAUCUCAUUUUCCAUUUCGUCGUUUCUAUAUAUAUUCUUCCUUUUCCAUUCCCCUUUUUCGUGGAGUGAAUUUAGACGCUUUUAGUUCUGUGAACUUUGUUCUAUUUAUUCAAGGAAUUAUAUCAGGCAGGGAAUUAUACACUUCUCUGUUUUUUCCUCUGCAAAAAAAAAAAAAAAUGGCAUUACCGUCCGGGAAGCCUUUGAUUCCGGCCCUGUUUAUAUUUACUGUUUCUUUGUUAAUUUUACCUUCCCAAUCCCAGAAAUGUUCGUCACAGAAAUUUGCAAACAAUAAAUUGUAUGCCCACUGCAACGAUUUGCCAGCUUUAGACUCUUACCUUCAUUAUACCUAUGACCCGAUACAAUCCACGCUUUCCCUGGCAUUCGUUGCUGCUCCGGCGAAGCCUGACGGUUGGAUUGCAUGGGCCAUCAACCCGACGGCGGGUGGGAUGAUUGGGUCCCAAACGUUAAUCGCCUUCAAAGAUUCCGGCGGCGCAAUGGUUGUUAAGACCUACAAUAUCACCUCUUACGGCCCUGUUAAAGAGUCCAAGGUUUGGUUCACUGUGAAGGAUUCAUCGGCGGAGUUCUCCGGCGGUCUUAUGAGGUUGUUUGCGACGGUGGUUUUGCCGGAAAAGGGGAAAACGUCGCUCAAUCAUGUCUGGCAGGUGGGUUCCUCGGUUACCAACGGGGUGCCGGAUAAGCAUGGGUUUCUGCCGGCCAAUUUGAACUCUAAAGGUUCCCUUGAUUUGAUGAGUGGGGAGAGCAAGGGUUCCGGUGACUUUACUGAUUCUAGGACCAAGAAGAAAAACAUUCAUGGUAUACUGAAUGCUGUGAGCUGGGGAAUUCUGUUUCCCAUUGGUAUCAUUGUUGCAAGGUAUUUGAGAACAGUUGAAUCUGCAGAUCCAGCGUGGUUUUAUCUUCAUAUCUUUUGCCAGUUAUCUGCCUAUGCUAUUGGGGUCGCCGGUUGGGCUACUGGUCUGAAGCUUGGUAGUGAAUCAAAGGGAAUUCAGUACUCCGUUCAUCGUAAUAUUGGGAUCGCACUCUUUGCUUUGGCCACAGUGCAGAUUUUUGCAUUGUUCCUAAGGCCUAAAAAGGAACACAAGUUCAGAUUUUACUGGAAUCUUUAUCAUCAUGGACUCGGCUACACCAUUCUUGUCCUCAGCAUUGUUAACGUCUUCAAAGGUUUAUCCAUCUUGAGUCCUGCAAAGAUGUGGAAGUCUGCUUACAUUGUCGUGCUCAUUGUACUGGGAGCAAUUGCCCUGUUGUUGGAGGCAAUCACCUGGGUUUUGGUGUUAAGGAAAAAGUCUAACAAGUCUACCAAACCAUAUGAUGGCUACCUUGAAGGACAGGGCAGGCAUUAAUCUUCAUCUCUGCAAUCUCUUGGUGUAGCUAGGAUCGCUUCUUGGAUUUGAUGUGUAUGAGAUGAGGAAUGAGGUUGAUGGUGUUUGCACCGUCGGCUGUAAACUAGCUUAGUGUAAUGUAUUCAUAUGCACAGAAUCUCGCCAUUUCCUCAUAUGUAACAUUAAAUCAGAUCGUCCCUUCCCUAAUUUCUUCGAAAGCUGUCAUAGUUAUCUCUGUUGAAUGUAAAUAUACUUGCAAUGCCGACAUUUUAUAUCCUUCCUAUGACUUCUAUUCAUAAUAGGGGCUCCUCUGUCCUUUUUUGUUCUGUUGAAUCCUAUCUAAAGCGCCAGCAAUCGGCUUUACAGAAAGCAAUGAGGAUGGCCAUCCGAUGCUGUAAUGUUGUUGGAAAACUGAAGCUUACGAUGCCACUAUUUCGUGGAGCGUUUAUCUGUCCUUGCAAUCUCUGCAAUGUCAAAUUUGUAUCCCAUUGUUGCGGAGGAGAAGAUCAAUUCCUGCAAUGUGGGAGUUGUUCACUUGGUACGUCACCAACGACGUCUUAGAUUGAUGCAUCUUUACUUCGUAUAGCUCAAUGCCCAUCAAUUUGUCCAUGUUUGGUCGGAAAGUUUUACACGGAUUGUUGACGUCGCCAAUCUAGUUUGGAGCACUAAAGUUAACUUAUCAUUUUCCCACUUAAUAAGUUAUGGGACAACAGUGGAGCUUACCCUUCCAGUGUGUGGUAAACACUAAACACUAAACACC